AUGCGCUUGGACAACAUCCUGCACAACUCGCCGGACUCCGCACCUCGUGACGCUGGGACUGAUUGGCUGAACAACAGACUCACCGAGCUGCCUUUGACCCCAUUAAGUAGCACGAUGACCCCGGCAGACGACAGCUACGAGAUUGUGGAUCAAAAUGGGAGAAAAUGCCGAUGUUUUCCUGCCGGUCCUAAUCGCUCCAUUGGCUACAUAACAACCAGCUCCUCCGUCCAUCAGAGCUACGGUCUAUCCGACAAUCAACAUGAGCAGGAUGCUCAACUCCGAGCCGCCCUAGAAUUUCGUAAUGCGUAUCUUAACCCUAGCCAAUCGUUCUUAACAGCAAGAAGUAGCUUGCCAGAAUCCAAUCACAAUUCAGGUUCUCACUCGAUUGGUUUGGCUUCUACCAAUCUUCCGUCUCAUCAUGCUGGGACUCACAUCGAUUCUGAUUUGACUAAUCCUAUGCAUCAAUCUCAUUGGCCCGCUCGGUUGAAUAAUUCUACUCGAGCUGCUCCGGUUGGACUAGUCACACCUCGUAACAUCCGCACUUUGACUCCGCAAACCAGCUCCUCUACGACAACCCCGAGCUCCAUCAGGCCAUACCAAGUGGUUGACCAUGGGGCGUCUCCCAUUUGGUCAAGCAGAAACUCUACUCUGUUGGACUUAGAUGAAGAGAUCGAGCAACUGCACACCGCCCGUCGUACUUCUUUGGAUCAUCACUCGCUUCAGGAUCAUUUGGACCCUGAGUCGGAUUCGGAGGAAGCGUCUCAUCCAGUCAAUCCCGAGCGCUUAAUCAUGAUUGAGUAUCGGUUCCACAUGCCAGCUGUUGAGGAACAGUCAAGUUCUACGCGCAAGAGAAAGCCAGCUAGUGCUGCUGUCGAGGUACCGAAGACGAGGGUGUUCGACUCGAUCCCCGGCAAGAUAACUGUGGCCUGGGACUUUGAAAAUACUGAUCUCUCAUCAUUCAAGUCGGAGGUCUUCAAGGCCUUAUCGGAAGACGAUCAAGAUGAUGAUGGGCUACCCGAAUUUGUCGAAGCUCACGAGGCAAUUGGAAAUAUUAACUGGUAUGGAAGUGUCCUUCACUGUCGUGAUUUUGCGGUCGGUGGGAACAAGCAGCUUGACAAGCCGGGUGUGUUUGCUGCAUGGCUGACAGCUUGCAAGAAAAGUAAACCAGGUCGCAAGCUCACCUGUCGAUUAGAUCAAACAGACCCCAAGGCAAUUGCCAAGCGAGCGGCAGCAUUGAAGGGGAUAUCCAAGCGCCACAAACCGUCUUCAGAAGAAUCAACUUUUCAACCAUCAUCCGCGGCUGCUGAUAGGGCUAAGAUCAACCAGUUCAUCGGUGAGAUCUUUGCGACCCAUACACCUCGCCCUUCGUUGACCGGAAGCUCCGAUAAAUCGGUCUUCAUUAAUCCGGAGAAAACCCAAGAGUAUUUUGUCGUUACGAUGGCCAAAGCAGAAGCAUGGGGGAAAGCAAUGAAUUCCAGCCCGGAAACCGUUGAUCUGCGUACCCCUCCAAAGACCCCUCAAUUCGAAUACAUAACUGGCCUACUUGAGCCUGAGGGAGGACAUCCGGCCCGUGGUAACCAGCUCCCGCCCUUCGCAUAUAACCCAUAUGGAAAUAUGUAUCAACCGAUGCACUAUCCCCCGGCUUAUGGCUAUCACGGUCAUCCUCAUCCACCUCCCCAUCCCACAGGGGCUGCUCCUCAUCCCGCGGUCGCUCCUCAUGAUUCAGUCCACCAAGCGAACCCUUCGAGAUCUCAGCCAGAAUCAUCUCCAGCCCCAUCAGACUCGGAAGUAGACGAUAACAUACGUGAAUUUUUGAAGUACGCUCGGGUCGAUUCUGAAAGCUCCGCGAUCCAAGACGGCUUGACCAAAUUGGGAAUUACCCACUGGAGCAUGUUCAGACAUGUCACAUCCAAGGAGCUCUUAGAGGCCGGUGUCCCAUUGGGGCCGGCACGAACCAUCGAGCAGGCCGCAAAGCGCUACUCAGAUCACUUGAAGAAGCGCACUCGAGCCAAUGGGGCCUAG